AUGUUCUUUCGCAAAACUCAUUCCUCGUCGCUCGCAGCAAUGCGCACCCUUUUCCGUCUGAAGUCAUUUGACGGGAAAUCGCACUUUCCGCCAUUACUCGUUCUCUCUACUCUAAUUUUCACCCUAUACGCUUUCACCAAGCUCAGUUCAGCCAGCAUUCUCGAUGGCGGCUGGCGGAAGCAUCAGAGCGCCGUACGGGACGUCUGGCGCGAGGAAAUUAGCACAUGGCGAGGAGAAAAAUCUCCCCGCGCGAACCAGGAGCGGGAAGUCCAGCAGGAGUUCGUUCGGCUCGGUUCAGCCCGGUUGAAGGUAGAAGGUUUACACAAUGGCGACCUUGAAAGCUCAGUACAUGGAGAGAUCGAGUCGCUUAUUACUCCAAGUGCAGCGUCCUCGCGUCGACGGUCGCUAGGCGGCGAAGAAAAUUCUUUCGAGUUCUUUCCCGACGACAGCUGGGAAAUCGUCGAUCUCCCGUCAAGCGAACCUCCCCAGCCUCUCCCGAAAGAUCCCAACGCCGACCCGCCAGAUCCGCCCCCCGCGGACUCCCCCCCGCCCCCCGGGGGCUCCCCAGACGACUCGUUCCCCUUUCCGCCGUACCCCGCGCCGUCGCCCGGCGACACCGGCGACAGCCCGUCGCCCGCUCCCGCGCCCGCGUCGCUCCCCAGCCCGCCCGCGGCUCCCGCGCCGGCGGUCACGGGCGGCAUAGGAGAAGUCGCGUCCGUGUGGUGCCCGCGCUUGCCGCGACUGCCCGCCGACUACAUUGAUAACCCUUUGGAGGAGUUUAAAGCCCUCGACGAGGGCAUGGCGAAGCUCUACGCGCCGCGCCCCGACGGGCAGUCCAUCACUAUAUGGGUAUCGGGACAAGACUCCCCUGUGACUAUAUCGAGUAUGCCGCCCACGUCCGAGCUCUUAAGGCUUGAGACGACCAUGCCACAGGUUGAGGCACGGGGGGAGCCGUCAAAUCCGCACCUGGACCCGUUUUUCACCUCCUCCCUGCCGCCCUACCCUGUGGUUCCCUUUAACUCUUCGCCACCGCUCGUUGCUGCGCCUCCCCCUCCCCCUCCGCACUCCUUCCCCCCGCCUCCUCCCCCCGAGACCUCCACUCCAGCUUCCGAAUUUCCCCCACCUCCUCCUCCCCCGAACGUCCUUCUCGCCUCUCCUCCGCCUAACCCUCCGCCCUUUCCCCUGCUAUCGCCACCUCCCCCGGAUCCACCCACCCCUGGUGGGGGGAAUGUGAGCCAGCCCAGCGGCCCAGGCAGCAGCUUCCCCCUGUGUAACCCGUCACCCAUCCGGUGUGUGUUCAGGUUUGUGGGGUAUGAAGACAGAGUGCCAACGCUGGACAUUAGCAGUGCCUUGGCGGAGGAGGUGAUUAGCCCUGCGCUGGUGGUGUUACGCGGUAACCAGACUCGCCGCGUGGUGGCGGCGAACAGUGGCGAGGGGAGGUCGAUUUGUGUUCAUGUGCCUGAUGAGGUUUGCCAUGCCACAAGGAGUCAGUUUUAUGCUAAUGGAGAGGUUGUGAGAGUGAGGCAAUUCAACCCAAUGAGCUUGAAGCAGGCCUUUUCCAACUCAUUUGUUCGCCUGGACAUCAAUUCAGCUCAAGUCGAAGACGAACAGGGGGUUGUCAACAUUUUCUCCUCAAAGGUUAAGGAUUCUGAGAACGUGCGAGAUCGUUCCCAUGAUGGUGGCGAAAAGUUGCGGGGUGACAUGGCAUGGCGCGGCGUGCUUGACCGGAUCUGGAGGCGACAAGAGCCGGAAGAGGUCGACGAGAUGGCCGACGCACAAGGCGCGUUCGUAACGCGCGCAUUCGAGAAGCUUCUGCGGGAAUCCACGGGACGGAAGUUCCAGAAGCUACACCAGGCUCUUAAAGCUUAUCUAGAUCGACCCAAGGGGGAGCAUUUGGUUCUGGUCACAUCAGCAUCACGGGUUGAUCCGCGCUAUGGGCUGCCUCAGACAGACGAGCCUGGAGCGGAAAUUGUGCCGCAGCCCAACACGGGGGAACAGCUGGCGGGGACGAUUCCGCUGGAGCCCGCGGGCAGCGGGGAGGGCAGCGGGCGCGCGCACCCGAACACGGCGAACGCGGCGAAUGUGACGGCGGCGGCGGCGAUGGCGGAGGCGGGGCACUCGCUGGAAGGUGUAGAGGCGGAGCUCAUUCUGUGCCCGCUGCGGCUGGCCAUAGAGAGCAAGCAGAGCCGCCUCAUGGAAACGGCGCUUGACUGCCUGCAUAAACUGAUAUCAUACGGUCACUUGGACGGCGACUGCGGGCUGGAGGGCGGCAAGAACAACAAAGUGCACACAGAGAUUUUCCAGCUCGUCUGCUCCUGCGCCGACAACACGGCGCUUGACAGUGUGGUGCUGCAGGUCAUCAAAGUCAUCCUCACUGCCAUCGCCUCCUCCACUUUCCAAGUGCAUGGAGACUGCUUGAUCCUUGCCCUGCGCACGUGCUACAACAUUGUGCUGACCAGCAAGAGCCAGGUGAACCUGUCAACGGCCAGGGGCACGCUCACUCAGAUGCUCAACAUCGUCUUCAAACGCAUGGAGGCAUCAGAGCUAGCUGGAGGGGGUGCAGGGGAUGAUGCUGCUGGGGGUGGUGGUGGUGGUGAGGGUGGUGAAGGGGAGGGAGGUGCUGGGACUGCAGGGGAGGGUGGUGGAGAGGAGGCAGCUGGGGCGACCCCUGCUGCCCCGAAGGGCAUCGAUCUGAGCCUGCUGGCACUGGCACAGAGAGACGCGCUGCUGGUGUUCCGCACGCUGUGCAAGAUGGCCAUGAAGGACGGCACUGAGGACCUCGUUCUGCGCACCAAGGCUCUUUCCCUCCAGUUGCUGCAGGGUCUGCUAGAAUCCGUAAGCCGGGAGUUCACGCUCAACUUUGCCUUCCUCGACUCCAUCAAGAUGUACCUCUGCUACGCGCUCGUGCGCGCAGCCGUCUCCCCCUCCGACCGCAUCCACGGCCUCGCCUGCGCCAUCUUCGCCACACUCAUUCAGCGCUUCCGCGAGUCUCUUAAAGCCGAGAUCGGGCUCUUCUUCCCCCUCGUCGUCCUCCGGUCGCUAGACUCCCCGGAUAUCUCCCCGACUCAGCGCCUGGGGCUGCUGAGAGUGUUGGAGAGGCUCACAGCCGAUGCGCAACUGCUGGCUGAUGUGUUUGUGAAUUACGACUGUGAUUUGGACGCAUCGAAUCUGUUCGAGCGUAUGGUUACAUCUCUGGAGCGGCUUGCGCAGAUGCCUGUUGUGGGGGUUGCGGGCGGGGGCGCAGGGGCGGGGGGAGCGGGCGCGGGAGGGGAGGGUGGGGCGGCGUUGGUAGCGGCUGUGAAGCUAGCAGCGUUGCAGUGCUUGGUGAACGUGGUUCAUGCGUUGGAUACUUGGUAUGGGAAGGAUAAGCCGCCUGCCCCGGCAGUGCCAGCAGCUGGGGAGAAGGAGGAGGAAGGGGACGAGUGGAAGGCGGAGGGGUUGGGAGCGGUUGAGGAGGAGGAUGAUGAGGAGGAGGAGAGGGAGGGGCGGGUGGCGAAGUGGGCAGCAGAAGAGUCGCAGGCUGAUCAGUUUGGGCGGGCUAAGGCGCAGAAGGCAGCGUUGGAAACUGCUGUGGAAAAGUUCAACAUGAAGCCAGAGAAGGGGCUGGCAUUCCUGCGAGCACGAGGGCUGCUGGCUGCCGACGCUGCUGCCACGGCUGAGUUCCUGCGCUCCACUCCUGGGCUCGAUAAGACGGCCAUAGGGGACUACCUGGGCCAUCACGACGACUACCACCUGGAGGUGAUGCACGCAUACGUGGACGGAAUCCCCUUCCACGGCACCUCCUUCGACCACGCCAUCCGCCUCUUCCUCAAGGGCUUCCGCCUGCCAGGCGAGGCGCAGAAGAUCGACCGGAUCAUGGAGAAGUUUGCCGAGAAGUACUGCAAGGACAACCCGGGAGUAUUCAAAACAGCGGACAGCGCAUAUGUUCUCGCAUACGCAGUGAUCAUGCUCAACACAGACGCGCACAACCCCGUGGUGACGGCCAAGAUGACCAAAGCCGACUUCGUGCGCAUCAACUCCUCCCUCGAGGGCGAGGAGAGCGCGCCUAAGGAGCUCCUAGAGGCUAUUUAUGACUCAAUAGUCUCUGAGGAGAUUAAACUAAGGGAUGACGGCGGUCCGGGGAGUGCGGGAGGGGGCGGGGGAGCGGGCGGGAAGGAGAAAGGGCAGCUGGUGACGGUGCUGAAUCUGGCGUCGGGGCAUAAGAGAAGCGCUGGGGACAUGCGGAAGGAGAGCGACGACAUAAUCAAGCGCACGCAGGCGAUUGUGAGGCGAGGGCGCGUGCAGCGAGGGGUGUUCCACUCCGCUGCCCACGCUGACCUCGCUAGGCCCAUGCUGGAAGCGGUGGGAUGGCCGCUCGUAGCCACGUUUGCAGUGACCAUGGAGGAAGGGCCUUCGGGAGACAGUGCUGCUGCACUGGCUGCUCUAGCUGCAGGGGCCACAGGGGGUGCAGGGGGUGCAGGGGUUGCUGCAGGGCCGAAGAGCCUAGUGGUUGUGUGCAUGGACGGGCUUCGCUGUGCGAUUCACCUGGCGUUUCUCCUGGGCAUGGAGACUCUCCGCUACGCGCUGCUGACCUCGCUCGUGCGCUUCACCUUCCUGCACGCGCCGAGGGAGCUCCGGGUGAAGAACCUAGAGGCGAUCCGCACUCUGCUAGCGAUCGCAGAGCAGGAGCCUGAGGCGCUGCAGGACACGUGGAAUGCUGUGCUGGAGUGCGUGUCCAGGCUGGAGCACGUUGCCACGUCACCUGCCAUGCUGGCGGUGCUGGGCGCGCCGCCCGCGCCGGUCGCCGUGAGGGAGGCACUGCUGGGAGGCGUGGAGGAGCUGGCAGGGAAGCCUCUGGAGCAGGUGUUUGUGGUGAGCUCGCGUCUCCCCUCAGACGCAGUGGUGGAGUUCUUCAUCGCUCUCUGUGGUGUGUCCGCCGAGGAGCUCCGCCAGUCACCCCCGCGGGUCUUCUCGCUGCAGAAGAUAGUGGAGAUCUCUUACUACAACAUGACUCGCAUUCGCAUGGUGUGGGCGCGCAUCUGGUCGGUGCUGGCAAUCCAUUUCAUCACGGCGGGGCAGAACCCCGACGAGCACGUGGCCAUGUACGCCGUCGACUCCAUCCGCCAGCUGGCGCUGAAAUAUCUCGAGCGCGCUGAGCUGGCGCGCUUCACCUUCCAGAACGACAUCCUGAAGCCGUUUGUGGUGCUCAUGCGCACGAGCCGCAGCGAGAAGACAAGGGAGCUUAUCGUUCAGUGCGUUGUGCAGAUGAUAAAGGUGAAGGUGGCCGGUAUCAAGAGCGGGUGGCGCAGCGUGUUCAUGGUGCUCACCACUGCUGCCACUGACAGCCACGAGCCCAUCGUGGAGAGCGCGUUUGAGACCGUGGAGCAGGUGGUACUGGAGCAUUUCGAGCAGGUGAUAGGAGAUUGCUUCAUGGACUGCGUGAACUGCCUCAUGGCCUUUGCCAACAACGUGCUCGUCCCCCGCAUCUCUCUCAAAGCCAUUGCACUCCUCCGAAUCUGCGAGGACCGCUUAGCCGAGGGCCGGGUCCCAGGAGGCGCCCUGCGCCCCGUGAAUGAAGGCGAGAAGAUGAGCGACAACGAGGUGGCGGAGUAUUACUGGUUCCCGAUGCUGGCUGGUUUGUCCGAGCUGACUUCCGACCCUCGCCCGGAGGUUCGGAGCUGCGGCGUGGAGGUCCUGUUCGAUCUGCUUAGGGAGCGGGGGCAUAAGUUCUCGACGCGGUUCUGGGAGAGUGUGUUUGAGAGGGUGCUGUUCCCGAUCUUUGACUAUGUGAGGCAUGCCGGCACGGAUGGGGAGAGGCCGCCUCCUACGGAUUUGUGGCUGAGGGACACGUCCAUUCACUGCCUGCACCUGCUCUGCGACCUCUUCUGUGACUUCUAUAAGGACGUGGCCUUCAUCCUGCCAUCUCUCCUCGGCCUCCUGCUCGACUGUGCCACGCGCCCAGACCAGUCACUGGCGGCCAUAGCGGUGGGAGCUCAGCUCAGGCUUAUCGACAGGGGGGCACCACUAUUCUCUUCCCGUGACUGGGCCGUGCUACUGGACAGCCUCAGAGUUGCCACGCUAACCACUCGCCCCACCGAGCUCCUUGCAAUCACCGAAGCCUCUCUCGCUGCCUCUGCCACUGCCGCAGCCAACGCCGCUGCUGCUGCUGGCGACACUGCUGCCGCCACCGCCGCCACUGCCGCUGCCACCGCUGAGCUGUCAUUGGACAAUGCUGUGCUGGAAUCUGGCGCUGCUGACCUGGCAGAUCACGCGUCAGGCUCGGUGAUCCGUACCAAGAUUCCCACUGGUGACGUGGCGACAAGCCUGAUGGGACCGAACCUGAGUGAGAGGUUCGUGGCCGCCCCUGGAGGUGUGACUGUAGCCGAGCAAGUGACCGAAGUGGAGGUGACUGUAACGAAUGGAGGGGCGGAGGGGGGAGGGGAGGGAGGAGAGGGUAAUGGGGUGGUGGACAGGAGUGGGGCGGAUGAGGAGGAGGGUGCUGGUGGGGAGGGGAAGGGCGAGGAAGAAGGGAAGGUGGAAGGGAGUGGAGAGGGGUUGGCGAACGGAGAGGGGUCUGCCAUCAAGCCUUCAGCAUCAGGAGAGGGGGACAACUUUGGCAAGCGGCUGAUGGACACACUGCUGCUGCGCAACCUCUCCAUGGCUCUGGGAGGUGCACCCACACCUGCUGCUGCCGGCAGUGGCAGCAUCUGGUCGCGAGCGUCCAACGCCAGUGACGCCGCGCUGGCCUCUGCUGUGGAGUCCGAGGUGAGUCUUGACUUGAUGUUCCAAGAG